CAAUUGUCGGUGUGUCACAGCCAAUGUGUCCUGUGCGAUUUAUUAAACAGUUUUUCCCUCUGGACAAUUACCUCGUUUAAUAUAUUUAUAACUUUAGUUUGCGGUAAGCGAUGCUCGCGUCGUGUAGUUGUUUUAAUUUAAUUAUGUGAAAGAAAAAAUGUGAUAGUGCAAAGUGCUACUAGGAAGUGAUAAUGUUCAAAGUGAAAAGGGAAAGGACUUGGUUUGGGCGGGAGUCGGCAAAGGAAUGGAGUCCCGCGUCGGAGCGAGCCCCCAUGGGGUACAAGCUGAGUGCGGAGAGCCCGCCCUUCGUCAGGAUCAACAAGAAAUUAGGCGGUUCGACAGAGAACUUAAUAGUGCCGAACCUCCGGCCGAGCCACCUCCACCUGCCCGCCUCCUCCUCCGGCGACAGCCUGGACGUGGAGGUGCGCGAGAAGGAGCCCGCGUACUCUCGCAGCAGGAAGUCCCGCUCAAUGGUCGCGCACAAACGGUCGCCCGUGCCCGCGCCCCGCAGAGUGCUGCCAUCUACUGAGGUAUACGAGCGAGCCCCGGAGACGCAGUCAGCCAGCUCGGUGGUCGACGAGCGACUGAUCAAACGCACCAAGUACUCAGAGAGCGGGAAAAAGAGCAAAAAGAACUGGAGCGAGUGCUAUAUGGUGCUCACUCACACCGCACUCUAUUUCUACAAGGAUCAGAGGACUUAUAAUGCUGCCGUGAAUGUUGUUAUAUUACGAAUAACCAACAGAUACACUCGGUCGUUCACACUGACGGUUGGCUACGACACAUACCUGCUGCAGGACGAGAGCGACGACAAAGCCAAGCAGUUGCUCCUCCUCAUACAAAAUAUAAUAUACAACCUCGGACCUCCGACCCUGGAGGAGUAUCCUCCGCAGUACCAGAGCAGCAACACCGACCUGGAGAGCCUGGGCCGCACGCCGCCUGUUGCGAGACACGUACGACAUAAGAAAGCCGGCGGGAGUAGCAACGAGGACCUAAGUGACUCCACUGAGAUUUCAACUCAGAAAUCUCAAGUGACAAAAGUCCUGAGGAAAUUCUUCCCGAAGCGGCCGACGAUGGAAGAUCUGGUGAAGAAAGGGAUUUACAAAGGUUCGAAUCCCAUAUAAAUUGUGUAAUUAUCACUGAAACGGCCCGCACUUAGUUAUAAGCGAGUGUAAAGUAACGCGUUAACAGGUACCGUUUUUUAACAGUUAUAACGCUUGUGGGAACGGUUAUACGUAGUAGCUAUUUAGCGUUUCCAUUUUUUAUGCUUUUGGGUGAUGGUUUGCUUGAGUUAGUUUGAGACAUUUUUCUUGGUGAUGGUUUAAUAAAUAGAUUUUCAGGGCCCUUAAAGAAACAGACUUCGAGAAGUUGAAAUAUUAUUUAAAUGUAAAUAUUUUAUUAUGAAAUGAAUAAAUGUUUAAAACGGUAAGUUUGAUGAAAAAAAUAUAUAAAAAAAUCUUGCUUUUAAGUGUGUAUAAAUUUAGAUUUGGAUACUGUUUGAAAAUUUAGAUUUGUUAUUAUAGAUUGCUUUUUUGCCCAUAAUGUAAUUUU